ACGACUGUGAACAACAAACGUUUCUGACAGUCUGUGAGUCUCAGCAGGAUCUGCAAGGAUGAACAAGCUGGUAUUGUGUGCCACUCUGGCACUGUUCUGGUCAGCCGUCGUGUCUGGGGAAGUCCAAGUUCAGCCCAACUUCAACCUCGAGCAGUUUAUAGGGAAAUGGUACAUCAUUGGGAUGGCUUCUGAUGCGCAAUGGUUCACUACAAGGAAGGAUAAGUUCAGGAUGAGCACAAUUCUCAUGAAGCCUGCUGAGAACGACAUGGUUGAAACUGUCUUGACAAAAACAAGUAGGCGGGGGAAAUGUUUUCAGAUAAUCCUCCCUUACAGGAUGACAGGACGGGAAGGACAAUUCUUCUUCCACAGUGACCGUUGGAACAAUGACAAUGACGUAUAUGUGACAGAAACCAACUAUGAUGAAUAUGCUUUGGUACACAACACCAUCAUGAAAGGACCAGAAGUCACAACCCUGAUAAAGCUGUAUGGUAGAGCUCAGGAACUGAGACCAGAGCUCCUGGAGAAGUUCAGACAGUAUAGUCUGGCACAUGGAAUGGAGGAAGAGAACAUUGUAACUUUUGCUAAGCAAGAUGAGUGCAAACCGACCCCUGCUUAGGACUGAACGACCGGGUCUCUGCUAAAGUAACUACACAGGAAGGAAUAGUUGCGUUACCAACCUGCUCCACGCCUUUGAUCACUCAAACAUUGUAGACUGCAUUUACACAGCCAGCAACUAAUAAAAUCGCCAUAAUCACA